AUGUAUGCUCGAAAGUUUCUACUCAAAAGAUUUCUUCGUCAAGAAUUCGGCCUGUUUAUAAAACCGUGCUCCGCCAGACCACGGAGUGCAUUUAUACCAAGGUCGGAGCAAAUACGUCCUUACUCGUUAUCGUCUACGGUAUCAACAAGAUCGAACAAUAAUUCGUUUACACCGCGUGAUAUUGGUCAAAACUCGAAAAACGGCGGAAACAAUGAUGAUGGUUCGGGGAAAAUAACAUUUCUCUGUCCGAAAUGUGGUGAUGUUUGCACACAUAUUCAAAGUCUUGUUUCAUCAACAAGAUUUGUCAAAUGCGAGAAAUGUAGUCAUCUUUUUGUCGUUCUAUCGGAAAAUGAAGGAAAUAAGAAAGCAAAAGAAGAUAAGAUUAAAAAGCGGCAACCACCACCAACACCGAAAAAGAUUUUUGAAUUCCUCAAUAAGUAUAUCAUUGGUCAAGAACAUGCCAAGAAAGUUAUGUCUGUAGCUGUGUAUAACCAUUACAAACGUUUAUAUAAAAAUCUUCCAGAAACAAGCACGACAAAGUCUCAGCAAACGCCAACCGAUUCCUUCAACGGUCUUCUUUCAACUCAGCCGCAACAGCAGCAACAACAACGUGAAUUUUCGAGAAAUAUCCAAGCUCUGUUCAUUAUUUUAUCAAUGAUUUUUUUAGGUUUUGUUCUCAAUGCUGGAAUUCCAUUUUAUACACUACCAUUAGACAGUUCAAAUCCAAAUUCUCCAAUCAAUAACAAUCCAAAUACUAAUGACGAGUUAAGACAUGGAAGUUCGGUUUUGAAUAAUGAAAAAUUUGAUCUUAAACUCGAGAAGAGCAAUAUUCUUAUGCUCGGUCCGACUGGCUCGGGUAAAACACUUUUAGCGCAGACUAUCGCGAAAUGUUUGGAUGUGCCAUUUGCCAUUUGCGAUUGUACAACAUUAACACAAGCAGGUUAUGUCGGAGAAGACGUUGAAUCAGUGAUUGCUAAGCUACUACAAGAUGCUAAUUAUAAUGUCGAACGGUGUCAGCAAGGUAUUGUUUUUCUGGAUGAAGUUGACAAAAUCGGUAGUGUACCGGGUAUUCAUCAACUUCGUGAUGUCGGUGGUGAAGGUGUACAACAAGCUUUGUUAAAGAUGCUUGAAGGGACCAUAGUUAACGUUCCUGAAAAGAAUUCGAAGAAGAUGCGUAGCGAGACUAUACAGGUUGACACAACGAAUAUCUUGUUUGUAGCGUCAGGCGCAUAUACAGGCUUGGAUAAGAUCAUUAGUCGACGCAAAAAGGAGAAAUACAUUGGCUUUGGUUCAACCUCGAAUGAAUCGCCAUCACGUCGUCGUGCCUCUCAAAUGGAUCUAUAUGAGCAAAAUGACGACAAAGAUGCAAAGAUAGAAGAGGAGAAUUUAGAACGUGAUCGAUAUCUUCAAGAAUGUGAAGCUCGCGAUUUGAUCGAAUUUGGAAUGAUUCCUGAAUUUAUUGGAAGAAUGCCUGUGAUUGUAUCAUUUCAUAGUUUAAAUGAAGACAUGUUAGUCCGAAUAUUGACUGAACCUCGAAAUGCUUAUGUGCCACAAUAUCAAACUCUGUUUCAAAUGGACAAGGUCCAAUUGGAUUUCACAGAUGGUGCUCUACGUGCAAUAGCUAAGAGAGCUUUGCAACGGAAAACAGGUGCUCGUGGUCUUCGCUCGAUACUGGAACGUAUUCUACUCGAGCCGAUGUUCGAUAUUCCUGAAUCUGAUGUUGUUGGUGUUCGUGUUGAUGAAGAAGCCGUUAAGACGAAUAAAUGUCCUGAAUACAUUCGUUCGCGUCCCACAAACACCACUGAAGAUCUCGAAGGGACUCCGUCGACAUCGGUAGACAUCAAAACUACGGAAGAUAACGACAGCAAAAUUUCCAUGCCAACCGGUUAA